AUGUUACAGAGGUUCUUCUGGUUGAUUGCAAGGAGCUACACUCCUGGUAUGUUCAACUACCACAUGGCUGAGCUUAAGACCUAUGAUUCCGGUGCACAUGCAUCUCUGAUAAAGACGAAGCCAGAGACUUGGUCUAGAGCUUUCUUCAAGAUAGGCUCCUACUGCAAUGAUAAUCUGAACAACUUGUGUGAGUCCUUCAACAAGACCAUCAGGGAGGCUAGGAAGAAGCCUCUGCUCGACAUGUUAGAGGAGAUAAGGCGCCAAUGUAUGACUAGGAUCUACAAUAGGUCUAAGAUGGCUACCGACAGGAAGACUAGGUUCACCAUGAAGACACAUAAAGCGUUAGACAUAGUUGAGAAGAAGUCCAAAGAGUGUAUACUGCGUUGGGCAAUUGGGCCAGAGACUGAGGUGGAGCAUGAAGACCAGUCAUAUGUUGUGAGUUUGGAGAAAGAGACUUGUGCAUGUCGAAGCUGGCAAAUGAAUGGUAUUCCAUGCAUCCAUGCUGCUAAGGUCAUCCUUGGUGCGAAAAGAAAGCUUUCUGAAUUUGUUGCUCCUUGCUACACAACUUCUAGGUGGCGUGAAACGUACAGUUAUGGGAUCAGUCCGGUAAAUGGGAUGAUAGAGUGGCCUCAGACCAAUAGAUUAGGUGUGAUUCCACCACCUAAUCGAAAGGGAAAUCCUGGUAGGCCUAGGAACCAUGAUAGAAAGAAGGGAGCUAAUGAGAAUGUGUCUACCACCAAGCUGAGCCGUGUGAACAGAGUUAUGACAUGCUCUAAUUGCAAAGAAGAAGGCCACUACAAAAAUACAUGUCGGAAUGCUUCUGUUGAGAGUCCAGCUAAGAAACCGAGAGGCAGACCAAGGAAAAAUCAGGGACUACAUUUUGAAGACUCACAAGCUGAAGCCUCACAAGCUCACUCGUCACAAGCUCACUCGUCACAAGCUCAAGCAUCACCAUGGGAAAUUCCACAAUCUUCACAAGCUUCACAAGGUCAAGCAUCACAGACAGGAGCGUGGGGAAGAUGGUUUUAG